UAUUUAUAGCCCACCAAUCUUCACCUCUCUCCUCUACUCAAAACAAUUCUCCACAAAAAACAACAAUCACAAACCCCAAUGACCACCGGAAGAGAAAUUCUCCACAAAAUGAAGGUGAAGGCAGGGUUUUGUUCUUCGGCGCCGGAUACUGCUGCCAAAGGGAAGGCCAAAGCGACCAAGAAUCAUGUAAGCCAUGGCAGCCAUUUGGUUAAGGGCAAGACCAACCACCCCAUGGAAGAUUACUUGGUCACUGAUUUCAAGCGCGUCAAGGACCACGACUUGGGUUUGUUUGCCAUUUUCGACGGCCAUUUGGGCCAUGAUGUUGCCAAUUUCUUGCAGAAUAAUCUCUUUGAUAAUAUCCUCAAACAGGCUGAUUUCUGGAGCGAAACGAGAAAGGCCAUAAAAAGAGCGUACAAGAAAACCGACGAUGAAAUAUUGGAUAAAGUAAAGCAGCUGGGGAGAGGAGGAUCAACGGCGGUAACCGCCAUAUUGAUCGACGGCCACAAACUCAUCGUUGCCAACGUCGGAGAUUCCAGAGCCGUUCUUUGCAAAAACGGCGUCGCUGAGCAGCUCUCCGUUGACCACGAACCCAGUAAAGAAAAAAGGGAUAUUGAAAGCCGUGGAGGCUUCGUAUCAAAUCUUCCAGGCGAUGUGCCACGUGUCGACGGACAAUUGGCUGUUGCGAGAGCAUUUGGUGAUAAGAGCUUGAAACUCCACCUCAGCUCAGAACCUGACGUGGAAGUCAAAACGGUGGAUGAAUCUACAGAGUUCAUGAUUUUGGCUAGCGAUGGCAUUUGGAAGGUAAUGACAAACAAAGAGGCGGUGGAAUCUAUUAGACACAUAAAGGAUGCGAACGUGGCAGCCAAACGACUUAUCGAUGAAGCAGUAUCCAGAAAAAGCAAGGACGACAUAUCGUGCAUUGUUGUUAGGUUUCGGUGAUACGUAUUAUUUAUAUAUAUUUCUUUUAAAAUUUUGUAAACAUAGUGUUUAUAUAUCAAGGUGUGGAUAAUAUAAGCCAGUAAAUUUGUUUUGCCACCUGGCUGCUG